GAUUAGUACCACGAUCGAGUCCUAGACAGGCAGACUUAAUUUUAACAGCGGGCACAGUAACUAUGAAAAUGGCUCCCUCUUUAGUUCGAUUAUACGAGCAAAUGCCCGAACCAAAAUAUGUUAUUGCUAUGGGAGCCUGUACAAUUACGGGGGGGAUGUUCAGUACUGAUUCUUAUAGUACUGUUCGGGGCGUGGAUAAGCUAAUUCCUGUAGAUGUGUAUUUGCCAGGCUGUCCACCUAAACCAGAAGCCAUUAUAGAUGCUAUAACAAAACUUCGUAAGAAAAUAUCUCGAGAAAUCUAUGAAGAUAAAAUGAGUUCUCAACGAGAGAAUAGGUCACCAGGGGGACUGUUAGCUAGUGUGUAUCAUCUUACGAGAAUAGAAUAUGGUAUAAAUCAACCCGAAGAGAUAUGCAUAAAAGUAUUUGUUGCAAGAAAAAAUCCUAGAAUUCCUUCGAUUUUCUGGGUUUGGAAAAGUGCGGAUUUUCAAGAAAAGGAAUCUUAUGAUAUGUUGGGAAUCUCUUAUGAUAAUCAUCCGCGUCUGAAACGUAUUUUAAUGCCCGAAAGUUGGCUAGGAUGGCCUUUACGUAAAGAUUAUAUCGCCCCAAAUUUUUAUGAAAUACAAGAUGCUCACUAAAUAAGAAAAAUAAAAAACCAAUCCGCACUUCUACAACCCCCGAUAUUCCUUGAAUUGAAUAUCUGUACAUUCUUUUUAUGGAUCAG